GUCAUGUGAACGGCCGCAUGCUCGGGCAGAAGUGGGUCAGCGGCGGAGGGGCAGGUGCCAGAGCCGCCCGGUGCCUCCCGGUGCCGCCCGGUGCCUCCCGGUGCCGCCGCUCCCCGCCCCGCCGUAGGGACCCCCGCGCCCCCCCCAUGCGCCCCCCGGCGCGCUCCUGAGCGCCGCCGGCCACCAUGCGAGCCCAAAUUGAAGUGAUCCCGUGCAAGAUCUGCGGAGACAAGUCCUCGGGGAUCCACUACGGCGUUAUCACCUGCGAAGGCUGCAAGGGAUUUUUUCGGCGGAGCCAGCAGAACAAUGCCAGCUACUCCUGCUCCCGGCAGAGGAACUGCCUGAUCGACCGCACCAACCGCAACCGCUGCCAGCACUGCCGCCUGCAGAAAUGCCUGGCGCUGGGCAUGUCCCGCGACGCCGUGAAGUUCGGCCGCAUGUCGAAGAAGCAGCGGGACAGCCUUUACGCCGAGGUGCAGAAGCACCAGCAGAGCCAGGAGCAGAGCGGCGGCACCAAGGAUGAGCCCGAGCCCCUGAGCCGCGUCUACACCACCAGCAUCAGCAGCGGGCUCUCGGACCUGGACGACAUCUCCACGCUGUCGGACGGGCUCCUCUUCGACUUCCCUCUCACCCCCGACGGCAGCAGCACCUACUACAACCUUGACCUGCUCGCCUCGGCGCAGCCCUCGCCCGACCAGUCCAGCCUGGACGUGGCUGAUGCCACGCUCAUCAAGCAGGAGUCCAUCUACGAGCUGAUGCUGGAGCCGGCCCUCUUUGCACACGGUGGGCUGGAGGGCGGCCAGCUGGCUCCCGACAUCUCUGUCCUCGAGAUUGACCGGGUGGCCCAGAACGUGGUGAAGUCACACCUGGAGACGUGCCAGUACACGACGGAGGAGCUCAAGCGCCUGGCGUGGAGCCUCUACUCCCCCGAGGAGGUCCGCGCCUUGCAGAGCAAGAGCUGCGAGGCCAUGUGGCAGCAGUGCUCGCUGCAGAUCUCCAACGCCAUCCAGUACGUGGUGGAGUUUGCCAAGCGCAUCGACGGCUUCAUGGAGCUCUGCCAGAACGACCAAAUCAUCCUCCUGAAAGCCGGUUGCCUCGAGGUGCUCCUGAUCCGCAUGAUCCGGGCGUUCAACCCCUUGAACAACACCAUCCUCUUCGAGGGCAAGUUCGGUGGCAUGCAGAUGUUCAAGUCGCUCGGCUGUGACGACCUCAUUGGCGCCGUCUUCGAGCUGGCGAGGACCCUGUGCCGCCUGCAGCUGUCGGACGAGGAGCUCGCCCUCUUCACCGCCGCCGUCCUGCUCUCCCCGGAUCGCCCGUGGCUGACGGAGUCCAAGAAGGUGCAGAAGCUCCAGGACAAGAUCUACGUGGCCCUGCAGCACGAGAUCCAGAAGAAACACUCUGCCGAGGACAAGCUCUCAAAGAUGGUUUCCAAGCUGCCCUUGAUGAAGACCAUUUGCAACCUGCACUUGGACAAGCUGGAAUUUUUCCGUCUCCUGCACCCAGAGACCGCCAUGAACUUCCCACCCCUCUAUAAGGAGGUUUUCAACUCGGAGCUUCAGUACAGCGACCCACGGGAGAGCUAAGGCUGGGAGCCGCUGGCCCCCUUCGAGUCCCCCAAAAUUUGGAGACGAACUAAACUUCAGAAGUUCGGGGCAGUUUAUUUAAAUCAAAUAAUCAAACUCAAGAGAAGCCGGCAGGCUGGGGUACCUCCCCGGCCCCGUUUCCUCGCUGUGGAUUGCAAUAGCUCUUGAAUGUAAAGCACCUUGAAGGAAGAAGCAAACAGACUUUGCCAUACCAGUGAAAUGAAUGUGAAAUCUCCGCUCGGGAGAGGAGAUGCUCCCGGCAGCGGUAAGGGACCAACUCCCCCCCGCAGUGCACAGAUCCAGGGGAGCGCAUGCCACGCACGUGCCGCCGCGCCCGCGGCAUGGCCCUUCCCACCGUCCCGGCUGUACUCUCCAUCUCUGAUUUUUUUUUUUUUAAGAAUUAUUUUUAUUUUCUUUUUUUUUUUUUUUCUUCACCCAAACUGAAGGAAUGGGAUAAAGAAGGGGCAAUGCAGACUCGGCCGGAUAGGGGCGAGCCGGGCUGGUGGGGGCAGCUUUGGGCUCCCAGCUGGAGCCAAGGAGAGGGUGAAGGCAGAGCCUUUGCUUUAUUCCUUCUCCCAUGGGACACAGGGUGACCUCAGGAGCUUGGCCAAGAAAGACCUGGCUGUGGCCGGGGGAGGAUUCAGCACAGGAUUUCCCCAUGGAGGAGGCUGGUUCUAGGGGAAAGGAUGCCCAGCGCAGUGGGGGAGAAGCUCUGCAGCGUCUCCAUGCCCUCUGUUGCGGCAUUUUCCCAAAUGCCUGGCCAAUUCCCCAUCCAGCUGGCCAGCUGCCUGGCUUUUCAGAGCCGAUUCAGCAGGUCUGCCCACCUCAUGCCACCUUUCCGCCUCCCGAGCGCUUUCUGAAGAGGGACUUUGCCCUUGUGACUGUGGCCAAAUCCCUGGUUGAGUUGGAUCCAGGCUUUUCCCCCGCAAGGAGCUCUUUAGAACUGUUAUUUUGGGGUUUGUUCUCUAUUUAGCAGGACCUGGGAGCUUUUUAUGGAGAGAAACUGCCCAUUGGGGUGAAGGGGAAGUGAAAGGUCUGUACUCCUUCCCCGGGAAGCCGUGCUGUGGUUGGGACCUGCUGCUCUGAGCUUGGGAGGCUCAAAAGGCAAAGAAGGGAUGGAUUUGUGGGGCGAUGUGGCGAUAGCCUGCAGCCGGCAGGGCUGCUCGAGGGACUCUCCGGCCAGGCUCUGCAGAUGGUUUUUCCAUCCCUAUUCCUGCAGAGAAUGCCAAAAAGCUACAAGGGAAAAACCUGCUCCGAGGCAGCCCCAGUUUCUGCUGACAAAGGGCUAAAAUCCCAAGCCCCGUCCCGCUUCGUGUUGAUUUUUCGUGUGUCCAACCCCGUCCUCUGUCUGUUCGGAUCAUCCCCAAGCAUAAGCUGAAGACCUUUAAUUCCAUAAUUGCACCCCUUAAACUUAACGAGCAGCUUUCUUAGCUACGGUAGAGGAUUUCCAUGCUGUCGGUUAAAAGACCUCCUAGGAAAGACCAUGGACCAGCCUUGACCAGGGAAGACUCACCAGGAAGCCGAUGGGAUUUCUGCUUCGGUAUAAGGCUGAGGAAAAACUUGGGACCGUGCUCUUCCCCGGCAGCUGCCGUCUGCUGUGUCCCGGCGUGCGCUUUCUGGUUUUGCUAACUGCUGUCUGAACUGCUUCUCGGAGCAUGUCGGAGUUCCUCAGCCUUGUUCCUCUCCCCCGACGGCGUUAGAGCCCAGGUCCGCAGCGAAGGCUGCCGACCCUCCCGGCGGCCCCACGCGAUGUCGAGUGCCAAUGCGUCGCUCUCCGGGGUGGGGAUGCGCCAUGCUCGUUUCCUGCCCUCUCGGCUCCUAAAGCUUGUGUGAAGUGAGAAGUCAGUACUGCCUUUUUCAUCUAGAGGGUUGUGCCUUUUUUUUUUUCUUUUUUUUUUUUUUUUUUUUUGAAGCAUCAUUUCCAACAGCACCGUUCGCUUCCCAGCUCCUCGCUGUGGCGGAAAAGCACUUGAGAAAACGAAUGUGCUUUGCGGAGUGGGCUCUCGCCCUCCAUUUCUGCAGGACAGCAGCACUCCUUUUCUCGGAGGAAACAGCCGCGGGUGUUUUGAAAUGUUUUGGCGGGGGCGGGGGGGGAGAAAAAAAGCACACACCUUUCUUUAUGUCCUUGGUAUUCGUCAGCCAACACGCAGCAAUUGUCAACGUCACCGUUUUCAUUUCAUCCGGCAAAGAAACCAAGAAAGCACCUUAAAUCAGGAAAAGACUGAGCCCUUGCCCCUGGUUGCAUUUUUCCGGCUUACGACACAGCGUCCACCUCAUGGGAGAGAUUUUGGAUUCUGAGCAAUAAAAGCCCCCAUGGGAAUCUAGGGAAGACUGGAAGUAUUAAACACGUGUAACUCAACCUGCCAAACUGCGGGAACCUGCACUUUUAAGUUCUCUUUAAAGGAACCAACCUGUCGAUUAAAUGAUUUCUUGGGAGGGGAUAAAUGAUUAAAUGUCAAUUAAAUGAUUUCUUGCCUGGGACGGGUGGCGUGCAUCGAAACGGACGGGCAAGGGCGCGCCGAACCCCUCCCACGGCACCUCUGGGGGCUGCAGCUGCUGCUCUCGGCUCACCCGGAGGCGGCAGUGGCAGUGCCAAGGUCCCUCGCGCUCCCUCUGUGCCACCAAGAGACAGCGGCUUGGCAGAGCCAGGCAUCGAGCUUGCAGGGAAAGGGCGAGCAAAAAAAACCCGGGUCGAAAUGCCUGAAAAAAGGGAGAUUUCCGCUCUCCCCUGCGCCGGAGCUGCGUGUGGCCGGCGGAGUUGACUCACGGGAAUCCUGAGAGCCCUGACUCGCUUCGAUGCUCGGUCCUUGGCGUCUUGCAGACAUUUCCGUCCCACCGGCCACGAGACAUUUUGCCGCUUUAUUUUUAAACAGACCUCGGCAGUGGGUCCCUUGAGCAGGGCAACCUCAGCCGCCAGGGAUUGCUCUUUUCCAGAUGAAGAUUAAUUUUUGUGUUUGUUUGCUCUGGCAGUUUAGCUGAGUGUGCAUUUCCACCUCCAGAACCCUCACACUGUGUAUAAAAAUGGAUAAAAUAUAUAUAUAAUAUAUAUUCUUGUGAAUGUUGGUGCAAAAAGAGAAAAAUAUAUAACGUUUCAGUCGGUUUUAUGUUAUUUUUUAUCUAUAUGAAUGAAAGGAAGAAAAUGGAAAACAUUUUUUUUCCAUUUACCACCCUCCACACCCCCCCACA